AUGCUUGUCCAAAGGUUUAAGCCACCCCGCCAGAAGACCGAAUCCAAUUCUGAGGCUCCCACUUCCAACAUCACUGUCGCCACUCGCAUUCGACCCAUAUCCAAUGGGGAAUCAUUAUCUGGACAAGUUGUUGCUGUUUUCCCGCGGGCUGACAGUAGCGGAGUCGUUGAUCUGCAUGAGCUGCGGCGCGUUGCAUUGUUUGAAAGCGAUUUUUAUGUAGCAUUGCGAAAGCAACACUUGUUUAGAGAACUGACGACGAUUCACCAGUCCUCCUCAUUUCAACCUGGUAGAGUCUUUAGUGCAGAUGAUAGGACUGAAAAAAUCUACGAAGACGUGGUGCACUCACUCAUUCCCUGGGCCUGGGAUGGUAAUGUGGGAACACUUUUCGCCUACGGGCAAACGGGAUCAGGGAAGACAUUUACUAUCCGUGGACUAGAGCAUCUAGUUGCGAAAUCCCUUUUCGACGGAACAUUAGAAGGUGAACGAAAUAUUUACCUUGCUAUGUUCGAACUUGCCGGGAACUCAGCAUAUGACCUCUUGAAUUCUCGCGCGUCUUUCUCAAUCCUGGAGGACCACCUCGGCACGACCCAAUUGGUGGGUAUCCAAGAGUAUAGCAUACGAAGCACAGCAGAACUACUUGCCCUGUCCCAGAAGGCAAACGAACUGCGACAAUCAGCGCCGACAAUCAAAAACGACGGUUCUUCACGAUCGCACGCAAUAUGUCGCAUCCGAAUUGAGGAACCAUCACACGAGCCAGCAGAAGGUGGGAUCCUAUACCUGGUUGACCUCGCUGGCUCAGAGGCAGCGCGCGAUAUAUUUUCACACUCGACAGAGCGGUUGAAGGAAACACGCGAAAUAAAUAUGAGUCUAUCAGUACUAAAAGACUGCAUCCGAGGCAUGGCGCGUAUCGAUAUGGAGAAGAGAAAAUUCUCAAAGAAAGCGUAUAUCCCUUUUCGUCAGAGCACGUUAACCAGAGUCCUAAAACAUCUAUUUGAUCCGUCGGAGAGCCGCAAAUGCCGGACUACAGUUGUCGCCUGCAUCAAUCCUAGUUUCCUUGAUACAGGAGCAAGCAAGAACACGUUGCGCUAUGCGGAGAUGCUUUGUAAGUCUUAG